AUGGUUCCAGUUGGAGGAAGAACACAACCCCAUGUAGUUUGUGUCCUCUCUUCACAAGGGCAUCCAAGCUCCUACACUCAAAGGGCCUUUGACAACUCUGAGUUCAACCACAGGCGCCUCAUCAGGUCUCAAGGGCACCCAUCAUCCCUUAUGGGCUUACCUGGCUUUAGAUUUGAGGCCAUACCGGAUGGGCUUCCACCAUUUGACAAAGAUGCUACCCAAGAUGUUCCUGCACUCAGUGAUUCCAUCAGAAAAAACCGUCUUGGUCCCUUCAAAGAGCUUCUGGAUAAGCUUGGUGAAUUGUCUGAAGUGGACCCAGUUACUUGUAUAAUUUCAGAUGGAUGGGGUUUGGGAGCAGAGCUGCGGUGGAAUUGGGCAUUCCAGAGGUUCAGUUUUGGACUGCCUCUACUUGUGGCUUCAUGGGUUACUUGCAGUAUAGUGAACUCCUAA